GAUCGGUCCGAAGCAGGGGCAGGAGCCGGGUAAGGCUGAAGACAACCCCAGUUUGCGGGACGACGAGGCUACGAGCCAUGGAGCUGCGGGGACCCCGGGCGCCCCUGGUUGUUCUCUCCCUCUUCCUGGGCUACGCGCUGGCUGCCGCGCAGGGCAAAGAAGUGGUACUAUUGGAUUUUGCUGCUGCUAAAGGAGAAUUAGGUUGGCUGACGCACCCCUACAACAAAGGUUGGGACCUGAUGCAGAAUAUUAUGGAUGACCAGCCCAUCUACAUGUAUUCUGUGUGCAAUGUGGUGUCGGGUGACCAGGACAACUGGCUUCGCACCAACUGGAUAUACCGCAGUGAAGCAGAAAAGGUCUUCAUUGAGCUCAAGUUCACUGUUCGAGACUGUAACAGCUUCCCUGGCGGGGCCAGCUCCUGCAAGGAGACCUUCAACCUGUACUACGCUGAGUCCGAUGUGGAUUACGGCACCAACUUCCAGAAACGCCAGUUCAAGAAGAUUGACACCAUCGCCCCCGACGAGAUCACGGUCAGCAGCGACUUUGAGACCCGCAACGUGAAGCUCAACGUGGAGGAGCGCUCGGUGGGGCCGCUGACGCAGAAGGGCUUCUAUCUGGCCUUCCAGGACAUCGGGGCUUGCGUGGCCCUCCUCUCCGUGCGCAUCUACUAUAAGAAAUGCCCUGAGAUGCUGCAGAGCCUGGCCCGAUUCCCGGAGACCAUCGCCGGGUCCGAUUCGGCCAACCUUGCCAAGGUGGCUGGUACCUGUGUGGAGCACGCGUCUGUCACUCCGGGUGGCGAGGAGCCCACAAUGCACUGCAACGUCGAUGGGGAGUGGCUGGUGCCCAUUGGGCAGUGCAUGUGCGAGGCGGGCUAUGAGAAGGUGGAAGAAUCCUGCCAGGCCUGCUCUCCCGGCUCCUUCAAGUCCGAUGCCUCAGACGGUGCCUGCAGCCAAUGCCCCCUGCAUACCCUGCCUUCCUCCGAGGGGGCCACAGUAUGUGAAUGUGAAGAGGGCUUUUUCCGGGCUGCAGAGGACCCUUCAUCCAUGCCCUGUACCCGUCCUCCAUCUGCCCCCCACCACCUCACUGUCAUUGGCUUGGGAGCCAAGGUUGAACUUCGUUGGAAGCCCCCCCAGGACACAGGGGGUCGGGAAGAUAUCACCUACACUGUCACAUGUGAGCAGUGCUGGCCUGAGACUGGGGAGUGCCAGCCCUGCGAGAGCACUGUGCGCUACUCCCAGCCCCCCCACGGGCUGUCUGGCAACAGCCUGAUUGUCAGUGACCUGGAGCCCCACAUUAAUUACACCUUUGCUGUGGAGGCCCGGAAUGGUGUCUCAGGCCUUGUGACCAGUCGAAGCUUCCGGACAGCUAGCGUCAGCAUCAACCAGACUGAGCCCCCCAAAGUGAAGCUGGACAGCCGCAGCACGACCUCCCUGACUGUAUCCUGGACUAUACCCCUGAGGCAGCAAAGCCGGGUCUGGAAAUAUGAGGUCACCUACCACAAGAAGAAAGACACCAACAGCUACAAUGUUCGCCGGACUGAGGACUUCUCUAUAACCCUGGAUGACCUGAUGCCAGACACCACCUACCUGGUCCAGGUCCAGGCCCUAACGCAGGAGGGCCAGGGUGCGGGCAGCAGAGUACAUGAGUUUCAGACCCUCUCUACUGAAAGUUCAAGCAACAUGGCAGUGAUUGGCGGGAUAUUGAGUGGCUUAAUCCUGCUCCUGGCCUUGGCCCUGGCCGGACUUUUCAUCCACCGGAGGAGGAAGACCAUGAGAGCUCGGCAGUCAUCCGAGGAUGUAUACUUCUCCAAAUCAGAGCAACUGAAGCCCCUGAAAACCUACGUGGAUCCCCACACCUAUGAGGACCCCAACCAGGCUGUGCUGAAAUUCACCACAGAGAUCCACCCCUCCUGUGUCACUCGGCAGAAAGUGAUUGGUGCAGGUGAGUUUGGGGAGGUUUUUAAGGGGUCGCUGAAGGCAUCAGGGAAGAAGGAGGUCCCCGUGGCCAUCAAGACCCUCAAGGCGGGCUACACGGAGAAGCAGCGGGUGGACUUCCUGAGUGAGGCCAGCAUCAUGGGCCAGUUUAACCAUCACAACAUUAUCCACCUGGAGGGAGUGGUCUCCAAAUAUAAACCCAUGAUGAUCAUAACAGAAUACAUGGAAAAUGGUGCCCUGGACAAAUUCCUGCGGGAGAAGGAUGGUGAGUUCUGUGUGAUCCAGCUGGUGGGCAUGCUACGGGGCAUCGCAUCAGGCAUGAAGUACCUAGCUAGCAUGAACUAUGUGCACCGGGACCUGGCCGCUCGCAACAUCCUUGUCAACAGCCAGCUGGUGUGCAAGGUGUCCGACUUUGGGCUCUCCCGGGUCCUGGAGGAUGACCCUGAGGCCACCUAUACGACCAGUGGUGGGAAGAUCCCCAUCCGAUGGACAGCCCCUGAGGCUAUCUCCUACCGAAAGUUCACGUCAGCCAGCGACGUGUGGAGCUACGGCAUCGUGAUGUGGGAGGUGAUGAGCUAUGGAGAGCGGCCCUACUGGGAGCUUUCCAACCAUGAGGUGAUGAAAGCCAUUAAUGAGGGAUUCCGGCUGCCAGCUCCAAUGGACUGCCCUUCGGCCAUCUACCAGCUAAUGAUGCAGUGUUGGCUGCAGGAGCGGGCACGGAGACCCAAGUUUCCUGACAUUGUCAGCAUCCUGGACAAACUCAUCCGGGCCCCUGAGUCUCUCAAGACCCUGGCAGACUUUGACCCCAGGGUGUCCAUCCGAUUGCCCAGCACAAGCGGCUCUGAGGGCAUUCCCUUCCGCACUGUGUCCGAGUGGCUAGAGUCCAUCAAGAUGCACCAGUACACGGAGCACUUCAUGUCGUCAGGCUACAAUGCCAUUGAGAAGGUGGUGCAGAUGACCAAUGACGACAUCAAGAGGAUUGGGGUCCGCCUGCCUGGCCACCAGAAGCGAAUUGCCUACAGCCUCCUGGGUCUUAAGGAGCAAGUGAAUGCUGUGGGGAUCCCCAUCUGAGCAGAGCCACCCACGGUGGGACGGGCGGAUGGGCCCAGGGAGGAAAGACGGUCCCGCACCCUUCCGUCCUCCUCCACAGCCGAUGGGACAAAUGGAAAAUACUUGAAGAAACUCAGAAUUUAAACAAACCAUGGCCUCCUCCCUCCUGGAGGAAAAUUGGCUGCUAAGCAAGGAGAGGCCAUAGCCACCCCACUGGCCCUGUGUCAUUCCUCCCUUCCCCCAGGUGCUCUCUUCCCUGGACGUUUGAAGUCCCUCGAUGAUGCUGCCUGGGAGGCAUCUGUGUACAAGGACUUCCUGGCCCCUUGCUUGGGGGUAUCUGAUGCCCCUACCCCAGGCCAGAUCACUACUGGGGUGGUAAAAGAGAAAUAGCCUCAAACAGGCCUCUCUUCAGCCUUCUUCUGCUUCUCUGAGAAAGGACCGUGACCAUGCUGGGCAUCAAGCACUUAACUGUACUUUCUGGGGAAAGCAAAUCCCUUCAUUCUUGUGGCAUUUCCAUGGGCUUCUUUUACCCACAAGGCAGUGGGGAGGGGUGGUCCAGGCCUAGACCAUCCCCAUGGGAAAAGGGUAUCCCAUCCCUACUCACUCUUUAUAAGAGAAAAGAGCCUCAACUGGACUGAAAAAUUAAAAACCUGAACAACACCGUGGAGACCAGACCACAGACAGAUGGACAAACCAACCUAAGGGCCUGGGCUGCCCACUUCCUCUUUCUGCACCAUUUUCUGUAAUUUGGACCCUCCCUUCCUACUUUCUCCCCAUCCUCCAACCCAAAGUACUGUUUCCCUGUGGCCUGUAAGGGUUUCACUGGGUUUUAUUUUUAUUUUAUAUAUUUUGUACUUUGUAGAGAGUGUGUUCGUGUGGGACCCUGCUGGGGGUGAGACAGUGGGGGGAUGGGAGGGGUCCUGUAUUUGACAUUCUUGAGUCUGGGAGGAAACAGGCUGGCCAGCCUGCACAGUCAUAUGUCCUGAACUUCCAGGGAUGGUCUUCUUUUUCCUCUCUCCGUUUAUUCUGGCCUCCUGCAUCACUCCCCUCCAUAAUGGUCACUAGUCUGUCAGUGUUAAUCUUGCAAAGAUUAGUGUUUUGUGGGCUAUUUUUUGUGAUAUUAAUUUAUUAUUUUUUAUAUUUAUUGUUAGAAAUUAAUUAUUUCUACAUCAGAUUAAAGUUGCGAUUGGUUUCCAAAUA